UAAAUGUAAUCGACCAGUUAUGAUUUCAAAUUAUAUUUAGCGAAAUUUUCAAUUUAUACGCAAUAUAAAAUUUGUUGGCGUGUGUGAAUUUUUCAACGAUAGUUGGUUUUAUUAAAGUGGGUGAAGUAGAUAUUUUAGACACUCCAGAAAAUGGACAUCACCAGGUUGUUUAAAAGCUUGGACGAAAUGAGGUCUUUGAUCAAAUUAAAAAUUCAUAUAACAGACAAGGCGACGAUUUUAGACAAGGAAACGACCAGGCCCUCACUGAAGAAGUGUUAUGAGCUGCUCAAGCAUUCAGCUCGGAGUUUAUACCUGGUUAUAAGUGCCGUGAAGGCACCCCUCAGAGAUGCCAUCUGCGUGUACUACCUGAUUCUCCGUGCCAUGGACACGAUCGAGGACGACAUGACCAUUCCAGCGAACGUCAAGUAUUCCAUCCUGCGAACGUUCGUCACCAUAGUCAAGGACCCGAACUGGCGCUAUACACAGAGUCAGGACAAGGAUGCUGUUGUGUUGGAACAGUUUCCAUGUAUUUCUAAAGAGUUUAGUCUGUUGUCCGUAUCGUACCAGCAGACGAUACUAGCCAGUGUGCCAGAGAUCGGAGAAGGUUUGUCUACAUCGCAGGAUAUGCCAUAUCGAAAUGUGGAAGAGUUCAAAAAGUACACUCGCUACGCCACUGGGAUCCCCGCCACCCAAGUCUUCGAGAUGUUUCGAGCCUGCCAGCCGGUGAGUGAUGCUGAGAGGAAGGUGAUAGAGGACUACGGGAUCCUGAUACAGGUCACCAACGAUCUGAGGGAUUUCUACCAGGAUCUGCAGGCUGGCAGGAAGCGUCUAUGGCCGGAGUCUGUGUGGAAGAAAUACGCCUCCGAUGUCCGAGAGUUUACCAGUCCUGAUGGAGAAGACAGAGGUCGCGCCUGUCUCAAUGAACUCAUUACACUGGGCUUGGAGGUGAUCCCGUCAUGUAUGGACUUCUUGGCCCGCUGCCCUAGUCAGGAGUGCCUCACGUUCUUCGCCAUACCCCAGGUCAUGGGGAUCGCCACACUAAGCAGCCUUUACAACAACCCGAAGGUCUUUCACGGGGCCGUCAAGAUCAGGAAGGGGGAGGCUGCCCACAUCAUGCUCAACUCGACCUCCAUUGAUAAAGUCAAGGCCAUGAAUGCCCGCUAUAUUUCCGAGAUCUUAGCCCGUGUACCUAAUGAGGAUCCGAACAGCGCCACCACAAGACAAGCCUGUAAAGUAGCUCUGAGCUUCACACAAACUCCUAAGCCACAGAACUCACUCACAAGCAUUCACUUUCUUGGUCCCCUUCUUGUGAUUGUAGCCAUCACCUUCCUUCUUAUAUUGAUGUAUUUUUAACUUGAGCUGUAGUGGAUGCUUGAAAACAAAAAAAUGGAUGUUGCUGUGUGGUAUAUUAAA